UUUUGGAAGGGAAAGCAAAAUGGCGGAAUCGGAUGGGAUGGGCCUCUUAUUGUGUUCCUAAAAAAAUGUUUCGUGCCUCUGAAUUCUGUUUUAAAGUUAACAAAAACACCGUGGAGGGUUUUAGCAGGUUCUCAGCUUUGGAAUUCACUAGCCGAUUCACCUCUGCGCCAUAAAGAUGGGAACAGAUGGACAGGCUGAAAAGGAUGAAGCAGAUGUUGUGCCAGGAGAGUCACAGACUGAACAAUCUCCUAAUGAAGAGGAGGAAGUGGAGUCUAAAACAGACAGAAGGACACUUGGCUUAAGAUGUUUCCAAGGAAACAGAGAGACCUCAGAGGAUGAGCCUAGUGAACUGGGGGCUGCAGCUGUUACUUCUUCUGAGCCUGUGUUUCUUGUGCCUCAGCUAAGCUCACAUCCUCAGUUUCUGGACUGCAAUUUUGAUGUUGAGCUAACAGCGGAAGUGAAAGUAGAUGAUGGUGCAUCGCUUGCUAUGUUGACAUCCGUUACCCCAAACCUUUGUUACCAGAAGCCAGGCUCUUUCUUAAAAGAACAUCAUCUCUUCCCACCAUCUUUAAGGAAAAAGAGAGUAUCUACAGACCAUUUUUUGACUUUAGACUCUUUUGCUGGAUUGUGCACUAGUGUAAUUGAAACCCCGGAACAGACGCACAUGCCUUGUUCUUUUAAAAACUCUGAGAGGAUUAUAGAAAUGGCCAAAAGCCCUCUUCCUUCAUCACCAUCCAACUCACCAUCAUCUCCUUCAUCUCCUCCCUCUUCACCCUCAUCGUCCCCCUCAUCAUCAUCUCCUGGUGGAAUGGGUACAAACUACCAAGAGAAUGAAGACAGAGGCCAUGCAGGUGAUAACAGGGUCAGCAAAGGAAAUGGAGACUUUGUGUCAUCAACUUCAUCUUCUCUGGUGCCAUCAUCAGUGCCUGUGCCGCCACCUUCUUCUGAUACUUCACUCCAUGCAUCAUCAUCAUUUACACAUCCAUGCAAUGAUGGACAGAGCGAGAGUUUAGAAAAUGAUAUAUACGACCCCUUUCACCCAACUGAGGGUGAGGGAGAGAGAGACCGGCCAUCCACUGAGGACGAGGAGGAAGAGGUUGAUAAGUAUGAUCCAUUUGAACCAACAGGUUCUCCUGCGUCUGAAACAGAAGAAGAGAAAAGAUGUUUUGAUCAGGAGAAUGAAGGAGGAAGCAGCAUUAAUAGUGAAGGGAAUUUUAAAACUGAAAAAGAAUUGGAAAUCAUGGAACCUGCUGGCACAGAGGGAGGUCCUCCAGAUUCAACAGAAACUGAUGCUCCAUCUUCAGUCUUCAAAAAUGUAUCUUUAGAACUCAGCAGCAAGUGCUCCUUUAAAGACAGAAUGAGGGAACAGGGAAAAAAUAAAAAACAAGGAACAGACUCUGAGCACUCUGAAAUAGAAGAAGGAGAGAUAGUGGGGGCCAGUGAAAGAGUACGGGAACGAGUGAUUGAAAGAAGGAGAGAAGUGUUGCUUCCAUCCUCGUGUAGUCCCUCUUACCUCCAAGGUGGUGUCCCUAAGCCAGAGAGGAUUUUGCGAGUAUUGGAGGGUGAUGGAUUUGUGUCCGUCCGUGCUGAUGAAGAAUGGGAGAGGGAACCAGUGGCUUCUGUGGGUGUUGGAGACCUGAGAAGAAAACUGACGAGUAGGCGGAAAGAGAAAUUCAGAUCAUGCCCUUCUUCUGCAUCUAUAUCACCUCCACCUGCAUCUGUUUUGCCUUUACCUUCUUCAUCUUUCCCAAGUUCACCACCUCUAUCCACGGAUAAAGGAAGAAGUCGCAAAUCAUCCAAAAGUUCAAAGGACAGAGAUAGACGUAAGCGGAAGGAAGGAAGAGGAGACAAGGAAAAGAGGAAAAAGCGGAAAGAGGAGAAGGAAUCAGGUGAAGGGAAAAGGGAAAGUAAAGGGGGUGACCAUGAAAAUAGGAGUGAAAAAGAGAUCAAAGACAAGGAUAGGGAAAGAAGAAGUAGUCGAAGUGAUAGUCGCAGGAGGAAAAAGAGACGCAGGAGCACUCCAGAACUUUCCUCCCGCUCCCACUCACAGAAUGCCUCCCGACACAACACACAUAGCCGCAGAUCUUGGUCCAGCCACUCAGAAGACAGGCACAAAAAUAAAGACAGGGAUAAGGAGAGGGAGAGAGAGCGAGAAAGGAACCAUGCAAGAGACAGGGAUAGGGACCGGUGGCGAGAUGACAGGGAUAGAGAGAGAGACAGAGAAUCCAGAAGAAGAGAUGAACGAAGGAGAGUUCGAGAUGAAGAUACUAGGAGGUCCAGUAGCAGAGAGAGAGUCAAUACAAGAAGAAGCAGAGACAGUAGAGACAGAGAGAAAGAUAUGGUAAGAGACAGAGAUCGAGACAGGGACAGGAGAAGAGAUAGCAGACCUGUUGUACCCCCGUCAAUUCAGGAUCUCAAUGGCUCUGAUCUUUUCGCAAUUAAGCGUACAAUCACUGUUACUACCACUACUACCACCACCACAGUCCCAAGUUCACCACCACGUAGCCAACGGCGCUCCCAUACCCGAUCUCAGAGUUCAGACAAACAUCGUAAGAGAAAGAAGAAACGCAGAAGACGAUCAGAGGAUGAGGAAAGAAAGGAUGAGGGAAGCAGGAGCAGGUCCCGACCCACCUCUCUCUCACCUCCUCGUUAUGGAUAUGAAUCAGAUCGUCUUUCAGACCGUCCUGAGGUAGACACGCACUCUUUGGAUGGGGAAGCACUAGAUUCAGAUUACCUUUUUCUAGGAGACUCACCACUACUUCCCCUUCCUCCUGAGCCCCCUAUACCCAGUCCCAAAAUUCAAUCCGGAACACCCAAAACCAGCCGGCAUCAUCUGAAGAAGAAAUCCAGAUCUGGCAAGACAGUUGGUCAGUCUGAAUCCACCUCAUCAUCUUCUUCUCAUAGACCAAAACCCAAAAGUAAAAACCUUUCAUCUGUCUCACCACCUCUUUCUGCAUCCUCAGGCAACACCACUUCUCUUCAGCCCACAGCUUCCUCAUCUACUAUCAAGCGGGAAAGGAAAACUGGUAAGGAAAAAGUUGGAAAGAAGGAUGCCGGGCGUUCUGGGAGGUCCAAGAAGCUCAGUGGGGGCAACAGAAAGGGUAAGCUCCAGUCUAAAGUGUCUGUCCUAGUACGUGAGGGUGUUAGCAGCACCACUGGGAACUCUGGGAAAUUGGGCCUUGAUCUUCUUGGACCUGGUGGUGUUGUAAGUGGAGCUUCAGGGCCCUCAGUCGUUGGUGGGUCUAUUGCCGUGGUGUUCCGCAGGGACAAUGAGAGUCGGUCACCAUUUCUUAAGCCCUGCUCAGAGACAUUGGCUCUUCCCGGGAGAGGCAAAGACCCAAGCAAAACUGGGAAGCAACGCAACAUACUCGGCCCUCCGUCAUCAACAAACCAGAGUGGACUUAAGCCUAAGAAAGCCAAGCCAAGCUCUGCUACAUCCACAUCCUCAUCUGCCUCUUCCCCUACUUCCUCAUUGGCAGCAAAACGUAGAAGGAGGCCUGGAAAGAAGCCCAGAGAGAAAAGGCUGACUGUGGAUGGAAGUGAUUCUAAAGGUGCUAAUAGUAGUAGCACAGUUGGUGGUGGUUGGGGCGGGGUAUCAACAGAAAUGCAGCCGUUGGUUGGGGUUGGAUCCAAGCCAUCCAGUCCUCCUUCAGCUCCUCCUGGACCCACUCCCUCAUCCUCUUCAUCGUCCUCCACUUCUUCAUCAGCUAGCAUCCUUCCUCCAUCCUCCUCACCACCACACACAUCCCCACUGUCUUUGCCUCCGUCUCGAGAUACAAGAGAGUCGUCCCCAGACUCUCAAACUGUUGAUAGUAGCUGCAAGACGCCAGAGCCUUCAUUCCUCUUAGAGGAUGGCCCCGUUCAGUCCAAAGCCUCAUCUCUCACACCAUCAAAGUCCCCUGCCAGCCCUCCUGGUCUGCUGACAUCACAGAUGAGGGGUGAUACAAUAUCUCAGUCCGGUACCAUUUCUAAGCCUCUCCCACCAGAUGAUCAGAAAGCAUCACCACCAUGCUCCACUUCAGCUGCUUCAUUGUCAGUUAUCUCCCAUUCCAGUGCUACUCUAGCAAAUGAUCCUUCUUCCUCCUCCUCCUCUUCAGUAUCUUCAUCUUCAGUAAACAAGCCACCACCACCUCCACCCCCACCACCAUCAGCCCCGCCAUUACCCUGGAGUCUACAAACCGGAGUGGACUGCACUGCUGGAGGUGUUUUGGCAUUGACAGCUCUCCUCUUCAAAAUGGAGGAGGCCAAUAUAGCCAGUAGAGCCAAAGCACAGGAGUUCAUACAGGCUACAAGUCAGAUUCUCUCUCAGGCCAAUCAGAACCAAUCACAGCCUCACCCUUCUUCAUCAUCUUCAUCUGUUUCAUCACAAGUUCCUCCACCUCCAUCACAUGCUCCACCCCCGGGCCCCACUCCUGCGCAGUUUAUUCUCCACAGCUCUGUUCCUUUGGUUGGCUGCACCAAAACGCCUCCCUCACACUUGCAUUCUGGACUCUCCAUGGGUGGAGGCUGUGCUCAGACUCCACCGCCUCCAGGAUUAACUGGGCCAACAGGGGGCAGUGAAACAGGCUGGGACAGUGAAAGCAAAGACCCAGAUAAGUAUCUGAAGAAGUUGCACACCCAGGAGAGGGCAGUAGAGGAAGUCAAAUUGGCAAUCAAGCCAUAUUACCAGCGCAAGGACAUCAACAAAGACGACUACAAGGAUAUCUUAAGGAAAGCUGUACACAAGAUUUGUCACAGCCGAACAGGUGAAAUCAAUCCAGUUAAAGUGAGUAACCUGGUCAAGCUUUACGUCCAGAGGUACAAAUAUUUCAGAAAGCACGGCCGCAAGAUGGAUGACGAAGAGAGAGAGGACAGAGAGUCUGCCUCCAUGCAUUCCUCAACAUGAUUGGACAAAGACUGGUUAUUUUGUUCCAUCUGGUCGAACAAGUUUGCUAAAUCUACUCCCCUGCACGUGUUUGGGCCCACCGUGGCUAUUGAGUGACCGUCGUUUGUUAUAUUGCUCUGUUCCCCCUAUGUGUUGACAUCAUGUAAACUUGAGUACUCCACCCUCCUUCCCGUCUCUCUUUCUUGUCUUGCUAUAAAUAACUAUGAAUAUAGAAUUGUGGUUUGGCUCUAAAGUAUACUGAAAACGGUCAAAAUAGGGAGAGAUCAAGAUGACACGAUAUUUCUUAUGAUAUUCAAUCUGUACAUACUUUAAGUACACUACAUGGGUGUUCAUUCUUCAUCUCUCCCUUUCUGAGAUUGGUGCACAUUUUAAGUAGACAACUAGGUUACUCAGUUAUUACUAUUGGGGUUUCGAGUAUGAAAAAGUGAAUGAAAGAAUAGAAAACUGAAUGUUAACGUUA